ACCCAGCGCGGCAGCCAUGUCCUUGUAGAAGUUUUUCUGGAGGACCCUGGGUCGUCUAGACCUCCGGAAGCACCGCCGUCUAACGCCCGAGUGUCUGUGCGCGCGGGGGGCGCGGGUGCGCGCGGGAAGGCGGGAACCGGGUGCGCGCGGGAAGGCGGGAACCGGAUCCUGACGGGAGAGGACUGGAACGCAGUGAUGUAUCACGGCAUCGAAUCGCAAGGGGGCGUCAGCAAAGGCAUGUUCUCCUCCUUUUACUUCAUCGUCCUGACGCUGUUUGGAAACUACACUCUGCUCAAUGUCUUCCUGGCCAUCGCCGUGGACAACCUUGCCAACGCCCAGGAGCUGACCAAGGAUGAAGAGGAGAUGGAAGAAGCAGCCAAUCAAAAGCUUGCUCUGCAAAAGGCCAAAGAAGUGGCCGAAGUCAGCCCUAUGUCUGCUGCGAACAUCUCCAUCGCUGCCAGGCAGCAGAACGCGGCCAAGGCGCGCUCGGUGUGGGAGCAGCGGGCCAGCCAGCUGCGGCUGCAGAACCUGCGCGCCAGCUGCGAGGCGCUGUACAGCGAGAUGGACCCCGAGGAGCGGCUGCGCUACGCCACCACGCGCCACCUGCGGCCCGACAUGAAGACGCACCUGGACCGGCCGCUGGUGGUGGAGCCGGGCCGGGAGGGCCCGCGGGGUCCCCCGGGCAAAGCCCGGCCCGAGGGCGCAGAGGCCACGGAGGGCGCGGAGCCCCCGCGGAGGCACCACCGGCACCGCGACAAGGACAAGGCCCCGGCCCCCGCGGGCGAGCAGGACAGAGUGGACGCCCCGAGGACGGAGAGCGGGGAGCCCGGCGGCCGGGAGGAGCGGGCGCGGCCGCACCGCAGCCACAGCAAGGAGGCCGCGGGCCCGCCGGAGGCGCGGGGCGAGCGCGCCCGAGGCCCGGGCCCCGAGGGCGGCCGGCGCCACCACCGGCGCGGCUCCCCGGAGGAGGCGGGCGAGCGCGAGCCCCGGCGCCACCGCGCGCACCGGCACGACCCGGGCAAGGACGGCGCUGCGAGCGAGCGGCGCGCGCGGCACCGCGGCGGCCCCAGGGCCGGGCCCAGGGAGCCGGAGAGCGGCGAGGAGCCGGCGCGGCGGCACCGCGCGCGGCACAAGGCGCUGCCCGCGCACGAGGCCGCGGAGAAGGAGGCCGCGGAGAAGGAGGCCGAGGUCGCCGAAGCGGACAAGGAGAAGGAGCUCCGGAACCACCAGCCCAAGGAGCUGCACUGUGACCUGGAGGCCAGUGGGAUGAUGGGUGUGGGCCCUGUGCACACACUGCCCAGCACCUGUCUCCAGAAGGUGGAGGAACAACCAGAGGACGCGGACAAUCAGCGGAACGUCACUCGGAUGGGCAGCCAAGCCUCAGACCCGAGCACCGCUGUGCACAUCCCGGUGACGCUCACAGGCCCCCCUGGGGAGACCACGGUGGCGCCCAGCGGUAGCGUGGACCUGGAGCGCCAAGCAGAGGGGAAGAAGGAGGCGGAAGCCGACGACGUCGCGAGGAGCGGCCCGCGGCCCAUCGUCCCGUACAGCUCCAUGUUCUGUUUGAGCCCCACCAACCUGCUGCGCCGUUGCUGCCAUUACAUCGUGACCAUGCGGUACUUCGAGAUGGUCAUCCUUGUGGUCAUCGCCCUGAGCAGCAUCGCCCUGGCUGCCGAGGACCCCGUGCGGACAGACUCCCCCAGGAACAAUGCUCUGAAGUACAUGGACUACAUCUUCACCGGCGUCUUCACCUUCGAGAUGGUGAUAAAGAUGAUCGACUUGGGACUGUUGCUUCAUCCUGGAGCCUACUUCCGGGACCUGUGGAACAUUCUGGACUUCAUUGUGGUCAGUGGGGCCCUGGUGGCGUUUGCCUUCUCAGGAUCCAAAGGGAAAGACAUCAACACCAUCAAGUCCCUGAGAGUCCUACGUGUCCUGCGGCCCCUCAAGACCAUCAAACGGCUGCCCAAGCUCAAGGCUGUGUUUGACUGUGUGGUGAACUCCCUGAAGAACGUUCUCAACAUCCUGAUCGUCUACAUGCUCUUCAUGUUCAUAUUUGCGGUCAUCGCCGUGCAGCUCUUCAAAGGGAAGUUCUUCUACUGCACUGAUGAAUCCAAGGAGCUGGAGAGGGACUGCAGGGGCCAGUACCUGGAUUACGAGAAGGACGAAGUGGAAGCCCAGCCGCGGCAGUGGAAGAAAUACGACUUUCACUAUGACAACGUGCUCUGGGCCCUGCUGACGCUGUUCACGGUGUCCACGGGAGAAGGGUGGCCCAUGGUGCUGAAGCACUCGGUAGAUGCCACUUACGAGGAGCAGGGGCCGAGCCCUGGGUACCGCAUGGAGCUGUCCAUCUUCUACGUGGUCUACUUCGUGGUCUUCCCUUUCUUCUUUGUCAACAUCUUCGUGGCCUUGAUCAUCAUCACGUUCCAGGAGCAAGGGGACAAGGUGAUGUCUGAAUGCAGCCUGGAGAAGAACGAGAGGGCUUGCAUUGACUUCGCCAUCAGCGCCAAACCCCUGACACGGUACAUGCCCCAAAACCAGCAGUCGUUCCAGUAUAAGACAUGGACUUUCGUGGUCUCCCCGCCCUUCGAGUACUUCAUCAUGGCCAUGAUAGCUCUCAACACGGCGGUGCUGAUGAUGAAGUUCUACGACGCGCCCUACGAGUAUGAGCUGAUGCUGAAAUGCCUGAACAUCGUGUUCACGUCCAUGUUCUCCAUGGAGUGCGUGCUGAAGAUCAUCGCCUUUGGGGUGCUGAACUAUUUCAGAGAUGCCUGGAAUGUCUUUGACUUUGUCACUGUGUUGGGAAGUAUUACUGAUAUUUUAGUAACAGAGAUUGCGGAAACGAACAACUUCAUCAACCUCAGCUUUCUCCGCCUCUUCCGCGCGGCGCGGCUCAUCAAGCUGCUCCGCCAGGGCUACACCAUCCGCAUCCUGCUGUGGACCUUCGUCCAGUCCUUCAAGGCCCUGCCCUACGUGUGUCUGCUCAUCGCCAUGCUCUUCUUCAUCUACGCCAUCAUCGGGAUGCAGGUAUUUGGAAACAUUGCCCUGGAUGAUGAUACUAGCAUCAACCGGCACAACAACUUCCAGACCUUUCUGCAAGCCCUGAUGCUGCUGUUCAGGAGUGCCACGGGGGAAGCCUGGCAUGAGAUCAUGCUGGAUUGUCUCAGCAACCGGGCCUGUGACGAGCGGGCCAGUGCCAGUGAGUGUGGGAGUGACUUCGCCUACUUCUACUUCGUCUCCUUCAUCUUCCUGUGCUCCUUCCUGAUGUUGAACCUCUUUGUGGCUGUGAUCAUGGACAAUUUUGAGUACCUUACGCGGGACUCUUCCAUCCUAGGGCCUCACCACCUAGACGAGUUCAUCCGGGUCUGGGCUGAGUACGACCCAGCUGCGUGUGGGCGCAUCAGUUACAAUGACAUGUUUGAGAUGCUGAAACACAUGUCCCCACCUCUGGGGCUGGGGAAGAAAUGCCCUGCUCGAGUUGCCUACAAGCGUCUCGUUCGCAUGAACAUGCCCAUCUCCAGCGAGGACAUGACAGUCCACUUCACAUCUACGCUGAUGGCCCUCAUCCGGACUGCACUGGAGAUCAAGCUGGCCCCAGCUGGGACAAAGCAGCAUCAGUGUGACGCAGAGCUGAGGAAGGAGAUUUCCUCGGUGUGGGCCAACCUGCCCCAGAAGACACUGGAUUUACUGGUACCGCCCCAUAAGCCCGACGAGAUGACAGUGGGGAAAGUCUAUGCAGCUCUGAUGAUAUUCGACUUCUACAAGCAGAACAAAACCACCAGAGACCAGAUUCACCAAGCUCCCGGGGGUCUGUCCCAGAUGGGCCCUGUGUCCCUGUUCCACCCUCUGAAGGCCACCCUGGAGCAGACGCAGCCAGCUGUGCUCCGAGGAGCCCGGGUUUUCCUUCGGCAGAAAAGUUCCACCUCCCUCAGCAACGGUGGAGCUGUACAAACCCAAGAGAGUGGCAUCAAGGAGUCCAUGUCCUGGGGCACUCAGAGGACCCAGGAUGCACCUUGUGAGGCCAGGGCACCCCUGGAGCGUGGCCACUCAACAGAGAUCCCUGUGGCACAGCCAGGAGCACUGGCCGUGGAUGUCCAGAUGCAGAGCAUGGCCCUGAGGGCCCCCGAUGGAGACCCCCAACCUGGGCUGGAGAGCCAGGGCCGUGCUGCCUCUAUGCCUCGCUUGGCGGCAGAGACUCAGCCCGUGCCGGACGCCAGCCCUAUGAAGCGCUCCAUCUCCACGCUGGCCCAGCGCCCCCACGGGGCCCAUCUCUGCAGCACUGCCCUGGACCGCCCACCCCCCAGCCAGGCCCCACACCAUCACCACCACCGCUGCCAUCGGCGCAGGGACAAGAAGCAGAGGCCCUUGGAGAAAGGGACCAGCCUGUCUGCUGACGCAGAUGGCGCACCCAGCAGUGCUGCAGGGCCGGGGCUGCCCCCGGGAGAGGGGCCUGCAGGCUGCCGGCGGGAGCGGGAGCGCAGGCAGGAGCGGGGCCGGUCCCAGGAGCGGAGGCAGCCAUCGUCCUCCUCCUCGGAGAAGCAGCGCUUCUACUCCUGUGACCGCUUUGGGGGCCGCGAGCCACCAAAACCCAAGCCCUCGCUCAGCAGCCAUCCCACGUCACCGACGGCUGGCCAGGAACCGGGCCCCCACCCACAGGGCAGUGGUUCAGUUAAUGGGAGCCCCUUGCUGUCAACAUCUGGUGCUAGCACCCCAGGCCGUGGUGGGCGGAGGCAGCUCCCCCAGACCCCCCCGACCCCCCGCCCCAGCAUCACCUACAAGACGGCCAACUCUUCACCCGUCCACUUUGCCGGGGCUCAGACCAGCCUCCCGGCCUUCUCCCCUGGCCGGCUCAGCCGCGGCCUUUCUGAACACAACGCCCUGCUGCAGAGAGAACCCCUCAGCCAGCCCCUCGCCGCUGGCUCUCGCAUCGGCUCCGAUCCUUACCUGGGGCAGCGUCUGGACAGUGAGGCCUCUGCCCACACCCUGCCUGAGGACACGCUCACCUUCGAGGAGGCCGUGGCCACCAACUCGGGCCGUUCUUCCAGGACUUCCUACGUGUCCUCGCUGACCUCCCAGUCACACCCCCUCCGCCGUGUGCCCAAUGGCUAUCACUGCACUCUGGGACUCAGCUCAGGCAGCAGGGCGCGGCACAGCUACCACCACCCCGACCAAGACCACUGGUGCUAG